AAGGGAAAAGCCUAAAAGGUAUAUUUUCAGCUUAUUCUGAAAAUAAAACGAUUGAGAGUCCCGUCGCUUACCUGUGAUAUUAAUUAGUGUAAUACGGAACAUUCUUAUUAAUUGGCAAGUCAGCAAAUACAUUCGUAACCGCUGUCGGACUAUUCUACUUGGAACCACGUGCGAGGUUAUGUUAACCUAUAGUUAGUUAAGUUUUAAUGCCAGAAAUAUGGCACAGCAAAAAAUUGUGCCCUGUAACGUGGUUGCUGUCUAUCAACCUUAUCUUCAAAGGAAUGUCGAUGUUCUGGGGGAUGCUUUUACAUGGUACAUAUCUUUAAUCCAUAAGCCAUAUGUAGCCCCUGCGGAGCCCCAAGUUGUCGAAGAGGAAAAGGACGAUUUGUCGGAACAAGAGAUAGUGUUUGAAGAUGAUGUCGAUUAUUUGCGAAGCCUGGACCCUAAAGAAUGGAAAGAUCAAGACCACUAUGCCGUUUUAGGUAUCAAAAACCUUAGGAUAAAAGCCACCGAUGAUAUUAUCAAACGCGCUUACAGGAAAAAAGUAUUAAAACACCACCCCGACAAACGGAAGGGUCAAGGUGAAGAAAUCAGGCCGGACGAUGAUUAUUUCACUUGCAUUACUCGGGCUUAUGAAAUCUUAGGCACUCCAAUCAAACGUAGAUCCUACGACUCUGUAGAUCCUGAAUUCGACGACUCUCUCCCUACGGCUAGUGAAAUUAAACAGGACUUCUACAAAGUCUUCAACAAGUAUUUCAAAUUAAACGCUAGAUGGUCCGAGAAGAAAAAUGUACCACCAUUAGGUAAUGCUAAUACAAGCAGACAAGAAGUGGAGAAGUUUUAUUCGUUUUGGUAUAAUUUUGAAUCUUGGAGGGAAUUUUCUUACAAUGAUGAGGAAGAGAAGGAGCGUGGACAGGAUCGAGAGGAGAGGCGGUGGAUUGAGAAACAAAACAAAGCUGUGAGGGCGAAGAAAAAGAAGGAGGAGAUGGCCAGGAUACGAUCUCUGGUCGAUAUGGCUUAUAAUAAUGAUCCGAGGAUAGCUAAGUUUAAACAGGAGGAGAAGGAUAGGAAAUUGGCUGCUAAACGAGCAAAACAGGAUGCUGCCCAGGCCAGAAAGGAUGAAGAAGAGAGGUUGCUCAAGGAGGCCCAACUGGCCAAAGACAGGGCCGAAGCGGCGGAGCGCUCCCGAAUCGACGCCAUCCGUAUGGAGAGAGAGGCCCAAAAGCGAGCCCUCAAAAAGGAACGCAAAACGUUCAGGGAUCUAUGCAAAUCCAACGACUACUACUCGACAGACCCCAAUGAAAAAAUCGAACACAUGGCCUCCGUAGAAAAAAUAUGCGAGAUGCUCAAAACAUUGGAACUACAAAAUCUCACUAAAGAAAUCACAGCCAAAGGGAGAAAGGAAUUUAUCAAAGCUGCUAAAGAUGUCGAGGAAAAACUGGAGGCUGAGAGGAAGGCUCUGUUUGAACCUGCUGCUCCUAAACAAGCGACAACAAACGGUAAGUCUUCGAAUGCUGUUUUGGAAUGGAAUUUGGAUUUGGUGCAAAUGCUCAUCAAGGCUGUGAAUUUGUUCCCUGCUGGCACGAAUCAACGUUGGGAAGUUAUAGCUAAUUUUUUGAAUCAACACGCGCCCCAAAACAAUAUCAAAGUAACUGCAAAAGACGUGUUGAAUAAAGCCAAGUCUCUGCAGAACACCGAUUUUAGUAAAAACACUUUAAAAACAAUGGCGAACGAAGCUGCUUUUGACAGUUUUGAAAAGGAUAAAAAGAACGCCAGGGUUACUGAUGACACCACAAUAAGCGUUAAAACUGAUGAGACCAAAGUACAAACAAACGGUAAAGUACCCAACGGUGUCUCAACACCUAUUAUAGAAAAUGUAAAGAAAACCACUAGCACAAAUAUGCAAAAUGGCAUCAAAGCUCCUGAAGACAAAAAAGAAACCUCCACCUCCACCACCAAACCUUGGUCCAAACUAGAACAAGAACUUUUAGAACAAGCUAUAAAAACUUACCCCAACACCACCCCCGAUCGAUGGGACAAAAUCGCUGAAUGCAUCCCUGACCGCAACAAAAAAGAAUGUAUGAGAAGGUUUAAAGAGCUCGUGGACAUGAUCAAGGCCAAAAAGCAAGCCCAACAACUAAACGGUAAAUCUUAGCCCAAAGAAUAUAAAUUUUAUAAUAUUUUCAAUCUGUACUAAAUCACAAUUUUUUAUUCUUGUGACUAUUUUAUACAAAUUUUGUACAAUUUAUUUUUCUGACAUUGUUUUAUUUUGUACAUAAAUAUAUCACGAUGCAAACAAACACAAUAUU